AAAAAAACUUACGCGCGGCGGUGGCGAUUCCAUACGGCGGCGGCUCCACGUCAACUAUAUCAAAAACCUAACCUUAAUUACAGUUAUAGUGUGUGCGCUGUCCACCGCUGUAUGAGCUCUGUUUCACGACAGAAAGCAAGAGAAGCUGGAGUAACUUAAUUAAUGUCGUGAUACAAAUGUACUUAUUUAUUUAGAUAGUUUUUAAUGAAAAAUUUGUAAAAAAUUUACACACACACGCACUCCGCCAGUGCUAAAGCGUACUUAUUUCGAAUAUUUAUUUUAGAAACAAUUGCAUUUUAUGCUCUUCCUUAAGAAUCUCCUGAAGAUUCCUUUGGUAUUAGUUUAUUUUACAAACAAAAUAAAAUGCAGUGGACUUUAUGGAUUUUUGUGAUAUGUUGUUGUGGACUUAACAACGUGCAGUCCCAGGAACGAGUUGCACCUGGUGUACCGCCACAGCAUUAUCAACAGCCUCAUCAUGGUCAGAAUAUGCACCAGAUGCCUCAGCAUCAAAUGCCUCAACAGCAAAUGCCGCAACAUCAAAUUCCUCAACAUCAAGUUCCUCAACACCAAGUACCCCAACAUCAAGUACCCCAACAACAGUAUCAGCAACAGGUACCGCAGAUGCAACAACAACCUCAUAUGCAGCAACAAGUACCUCAAAUGCAACAGCAACAUGUACCAGUUCAACAAAUCCCUGAAGGACAUGGACAUGGACAUGAUCAUCAUCACGGCCAACAGCAACAAAUAUUAAAUGCUGCAAACAUUGCACAAGAAAAAGCGCACAUUGCAGAACAUUUAGAUGUUCCAAUGGACACAAGUAAAAUGACUGAGCAAGAAUUACAGUUUCAUUAUUUUAAGAUGCAUGAUGCUGACAACAACAAUAAACUUGAUGGCUGUGAAUUGAUUAAGUCUCUCAUUCAUUGGCACGAGGAAGGAAACAAGGAUCCUAAUCAUGGUGCCGCUGCGGGUGAGAAAAUAUUCCAAGAUGAUGAGUUAGUGACAUUGAUUGACCCUAUUCUUGAUAUGGAUGACACAAAUAAAGAUGGCUACAUAGAUUAUCCUGAAUUUAUUCAGGCCCAGCAGAAAGCUGCAUCUCCAACCACUCGUCAAUAAAAGUUUUAUAAAUAACAUUAAUUAAAAAUUGCAAUUUUUUAAUUGUGAUUAUUAAAUUUGUUACAUUUUGAUAUAUACAAAAAUAUAUUAAAUAAAUUUACAUUAAAUUUGUUAGAAACGUGCUAUAGUGAAUUUUUUAAUGCAGUUUAUCUGAAUUGUUCGAUAUGGAUCAAGUGAAUUAUUUUUAUGUAAUAUAAAUCAGAAAAAAAUAUAGUUUACAUAAAAAAAAAGAAAUUUUAAUAUUUGCUAAAAUACUAUUUAAGUAAUUAUUAAUUCAUGAUGACACAAUGUUCUCACCUGUACAUAAAUACUGUAUAUUUAAAUUUUAUGUUAAUAAGAGCACACAUUUUGAUUAAUCUGCACGCAUUUGUAAUUCCUGAAAUUUGUACGAGAUUUUUUUUAUUACAUUAAGUUUUUAAAA